AUGGAGACAAGACAGUCCGCGAGAAAGCGGAGGAAUAGCUCGCUAUCGAGAUCGAGAUGCGAGUCUCCCACCGCUCACCACACAAAACCGAGCGUGUCUGCCGAGUAUACCGUGUCCGAGAAUACUUCGAGCACCCCGAGAAAACGCGGGAAGCGAGUCCGAUUCUCCGACCCCGGGCCUCGCCUGCAUGAUGCUGGUGCUUGUUCAACCGGCUUGACCCCGGCGAUGAAACGCACUUCUGUUGGGGAGCGUAGUAACCGAUUCUUAACCCCGAGGGAUCGCUCCCCGAGCCGAACGGCCCGACGAAGAUCGGCGCCAACACCAUGCUGCCAGCAGACUUUCGAUCCGGUCGAGCCAUUUGACGAGACCUGUUCCGAGAGAGUGAUGCAAUUUACCCCUCUGCGUCAAAUCUUGGACUCACGCACCAAGAGGAGGAUUCGCCGGAUCGGUUUGAGUGAUGAAAUCACUCAUCUCGAGCGUGAGAAGCGCCAAAUAUCCACCUUUGAGAGGACCUUAGCGGCACUGCGUGAAGAGCGAGAUUCAUUAAAAAACGAGUUGAUCGCUAUCAAGCAAAGCAGCGAGAUUCCAGAGGACCUGCCUUCUUCUGAAUCUUUCUGGAUGUCUCCCUAUGUCCGUUUCCAGGAACUCGAGCAUGAAUCGUCUCGUCUGCGCGACGAAAUUUCUGUGGCCUCUCACCGGAGCCACGACGAAUCUGCCAAUGAAGGAGAAACAUUCAUCCUCAAUGAUAGUGCUAUUGUUGUUUCCAACUCUCCCGAUCUCCGCGGGAUUCGUGAUUGCCACUCGCCUGUGUUGGAUAGUCUUAUGCUUGAUCAGUCGACUUCCGACGUGUCAACACAAACACAAACGCCCGAUAUUACUGAAGACUCGGAAAUUCAUAGCCUCACAAUCGAUCUGGAGGCAGCUAAAAGUGAAAAGAAGCGACUGUUCAACGCAUGUCGCUCACACAUAAGUGCAUUUGAAACCACGGGCAUGGGUGACAUCUUCCGUCAAUCGUCGCCACCCGCGGAUUUCUUCGAUGAUAUGAUCAGUAUCCUGACUGCCGCACUUUCUCGGGCAUCUGACGCCACUCAAGCUCUUAAUGGAAUCAAUCAGGAGUGUUCUACCUUGGGCUUCUCAGGCACGAGCGCCGACGAUGUAAUCUCCGACAUGAAGUCCAACUUCCGGUCAGCACGCCUUGAGCUCGAGCUCCAGCGGAUUAAAUCAUUAGCAAAGGACUUACGUGCGGAACGCAAACAUCACUACGGCUCCCUUGGCCGAGAAAAGGCUCUUCGCGGUCAAUUUGACAACCUAUUACAUCGGUACGAGGCAGCCGCCAAUAAAAUCGGCAACUUGGAAGACUCGAUUGCAUCUUCAGCAGGCGAUAUGCUCCAUACUAGAAUGCGCAUGCAAGAACUCGAGAACGAACACCAGGAGAAAAAUAUCGGCAUUGAAAGAUUGAACGCGGCGCUGGACAAAUACCAUGAAGAUGUGAGGAGCCUUGAAGAGCUGGUGGGCAGGUUAGAAGAUGAGAAUCUAGUUGCCAGGGAUAGACAUGCGCAGCAGAUCUCUGACCUUGAGAAGCAAGUCGCCUGUGAGCGAAAGCAACGAAUCGUGAUUGAGACAUCAGCAUCCGAAUAUGAAUUCCGGAUCCGCCAACUGGAAGAAACCGUCGAGCAAAACAGGGUUCGAGCUUGUGACCUCAUGGCCGCGGCCGAAUCUCUUGAAAAAGAACACGAAGAAGCUCUCGAGGCCCUCCAGCAAAACGCAAGCAAGCAAUUACAACAGUACGAAGAAGACAACGGCACUUUGAAUGUUCGUAUCUCGGAACUCACUACCUCACUCGAGGAAACACGGUCUGAAGCCCGGCGUCUCCGACACAUGAAUCGAGGUCUCGAGGAGCAGCUCCGAAUUGAGAUAGAUGCCCGUGAUGAUCUGCUAGAGAAGUGGGCCUCCGAGCAAGCUCGUGCCUUUGCCUUCAUGAAAGAGAGUGUUGGCUCGGAGCGAAGAAGAGCCAGGGUCCGUUCAGCCAACUGGGAGCUCAAAUCGGACGAUCUCAUGUCUGACGGGACAACCGUCAUCGGCAGUGAGCCUAUUACACCGGUCAGCAUGACCAGGUUUGUUGAUGUCGAGAUGGGUCGUGGUAAGAAUCGUCGUCGCAUUGACAGUGGGAUUGGCAUUCUUACCGAGAACGAUCUUCUGGAGGAUGGGAAUAUUUCGGACCUGCGCAAGGGAUUGGACUCUGAUAUUGAUCUGCCUACAUCUGAUUUGAUUGAUAUUUAG